CCUCAACUAUUCUCUCUCCAAUAAUAUCAGUUUAUUUUCCUAUAUAGAAGUAUAUAGUUUUUUUUUUUAAUAGAUAAAAGAGAAAGAAUCCUUUGGAAAAAUGAGAGGAGCAAAAAAAAAACUGAUUAUAGCAUAGUGCACGAAAUGAAGGAGAAGAAGAAGUAAGUGCCCAACUGAGGAAAGGUCGUUAUUGAAGCUGCCUUUUUUGCUUAUUUUUAGCUUACAAGUCCCUCUCUUUGAAGAAAAAAAGAAGAAAAACCUUUUGUUUUUUCACAAGAAAAAAAAAGAAGUUAAUGUGGCAGAGUCUGUGUAUAAGAAAGAAGUAUUAGUAUAGUAUCAGUAAGAAACUCAGAAGCAGCAAGAAGAAGAAGAGAGAAAGAAGACUCAGUAGCUGUUCUGCCAACUGUUUACCAGUCAGUAAUUAGAGCAAUAUAGACCUAAAGUCACACAAUUUUUCUAUAGAUCUUCUUCUGAAAAAGAAUUUCAGAACAAGACCCCACUUUGUUUCUUAUUAUUUUUUUUUUCAUAUCUCUAGAUAAAAAAACAAAUAUUUAAGUGUUUCUUCGAGAUUUGUUCAUUGAAGAAACUUUUUUCUAGUGGGAGAUUUCUUUCUCUAAGAGUCUGCAGCUGUGGCUACUGCUAGGAGAUUGUUGCAGGGUUCAGAUUCUGGGGCUUUUGCAGACUGGGUAUCUAAUUCUUCUAAUACAUCAGCUGCUGCUAUUGGGGACCUCUCUUUAGGUUUCAACGUUCCUGGUGGUAGCGGUGGUGGUGGUACCGGUACCACCACCGCCGGAGGUGUAGUUGGAGGCCAUAGUGGUAUGUGGUCUGCAUCGUCUAGACAGAUGCAGAUCAACUACGGCCUCCAGCCUACAGAAAUGGGUAUGUUUGUUGUACAUCCAGCAUCAUUUCAACAUCAUCACCAACACCAUGAAAACACAAUCAAUUUUGAUCCACAUGGUAAUAAUAACUCCAAUCUUUCUAAUACAUGUACUACAAACACAUCUCUUGGGGUUGGGGUUGGUGUUAUCCCACUCCUCACAGCUACUCCUUUAACAAAUAUGGUUACAUUUGAUGAUCAAGAUUUGGUUAGAAAUAAUAGAGGUGGAAAUAAUGAUGGUACUAGUGGGUUUCAAUUCUUCUCAAAUCAACACCAACAAAAUUCUACUACUAAUUAUACUAAAAAUAGUACUAGUAGUAACAAUAUUAUACUUGGUGGUGGGGGGUCAAUUUCAACAACAACUUGUCAAGAUUGUGGUAACCAAGCAAAAAAAGAUUGUACACAUAGAAGAUGUAGAACUUGUUGUAAGAGUAGAGGUUAUGAUUGUAACACACAUGUAAAGAGUACUUGGGUACCAGCUUCAAGAAGGCGUGAGAGACAACUAAUGGGGGGUGCAACAACAACAAAUGUGAAUGUUGUAGCAGCUGGAUCUUCUUCACAAUCAACUUCAAGUGCUAAGAAACCUAGACUUGUCAAUUCUCAAACAACUACAACAGCUUCACAUACUUCUACUUCAAAUAAUACUCCUCCAAGAAGUUUUGACACUAGCUCUAGUCAUCAAGAUGCAAGUUUUAAAGGGUCAUUGCCAGGACAAGUGAGGGCACCAGCUGUAUUCAAGUGUGUAAGAGUGACUUCAGUAGAUGAAGGUGAAGACGAAUAUGCAUAUCAAGCUGUUGUCAAAAUUGGUGGACAUCUUUUCAAAGGUUUCUUAUAUGAUCAAGGUCUUGAUGAACCAAAAGAUAAUAAUAAUAAUAAUAAUUUUCCAAAUUUAUCUGAUUUACAUUUGGGUGCUGUUGCUACCAAUGAACAUAAUUCACAUCUUUAUGCUGCUUCUACUAGUGGAGGAUUGCUUGGUGGAGGAUCAAAUUAUGGUAACCAAAUAAAUUGAUUAUGAGUACUAUUUGUAACUUAAUUAAUCUUUCAUCGUAUUAUAUAAAAUGAUAUUGGAUGGAUAUAAUCUUUUACCAUUAUUUUUAUUACAUGUUAACUUCUCUUUUGAGUUUUCAAUUAUGUGUUGAGCUUUUGAAAGAAGUGUAAGUUGUAUUUUCCUUCCCUUUUAUGGAAAAUUUUGGAAUUCAUGAA